UCGCAGUCUCAUUUUUAUGGAUUGCGCGCGUAAUACUGGACACAAUGAAACUCCUGGUCACCAUUGCCCUGACGUGCGCACUCUUCUCCAAAGCAUACCCACUGGAUUGUUACGAGUGUGUAGCCACCGGUACUGGACCGUGUUCGCAGACUACAAAAACAUGCCCCGCGAGCCAGACCAAAUGUGCCAGCGCCACAGCAGCGAUCACCGCGGGAGGAACACAGGUUCCUGUGAAGAUUAAGUCAUGCACCACACCAGAUCAGUGUAUCAGUGGAUCUCUUAACAGUGGAAUCUCUACGACAACUAUCAACACCCAAUGCUGUGAUUCCAACCUGUGUAACAAUCAAGAACCGCCAGCAUUACCAGAAUCCAGCACCAAUGGAAAAAAGUGUUUCACCUGCACAGCUUCUGGUGACUGCACAGGCACUUUGGAGUGCAAGGGAAGUGAAGAUCGCUGCUUUAAGUCCGCAGUGCUUGGAGGUGUGAAGAUAAAGGGAUGUGCAUCCCAAAGUAUCUGUUCUGGAGUCCUGAAUGCUGAACUGGGAGCCACUGUGGACUUGAACUGCUGUGAGGGAAACAUGUGCAACAACGCCCUGCGCAUCGGACAGAGCAUCCUCUUCCUCCUCCUGCUGCCUCUUGCCUCCUUCUUCCUCUUCAACUAAGCAGCAUCAAAUAAAUUCAUACAAUGUUGGUUAAACUUGUUCAAUUUCAUUAAAACAUUUUUUCUAAUCAAA